CCGCAUGCGGGCCGCCGCCGGCCGCGCGCCGCGAGGCCUCGCCCGCCGCCGGCCCGAGCUCACCGGACCGAGAGAGCGAGCACGCGGAGGGACAGCGGGAGCGGAGGAGCGCAGGCCAGCACGGCAGCGCGCACAGAUCUCGGCCGCAGCGAACGCCGCCGCAAGCCCCGCUGACCGGCCGCCGCCGUGCGCCCCACAAGCCACCUCGGCCGCCGGCAGAUCUGCCGCGCGCAUCCGUGCUCAGGGCGUGUCCAGCUGGCCGCCGCGUCGAGCCGGCGGGCCUCCAUCAACCACGUGGUACCUCCGCCUCGCGUGGCCUCGGCCGUGCUCUUGCGCCACCGGCGGCUGCCGCACCUGGCCGCGGCUCGCCAUCCACCUGCCCGCCGGCCAAGCCCUGGCCUAGCACCGCGGCCGCUGGGGGCACAGCGCCGCGCCAGCUCGCGCCCUGCGCUCUGGCUCCGGCUGGCUGGCCACCGGCCGUUUCUUUGGAUCAGGGCUGCAGCUACCUCUACAAGAAAGACGUCCCUCUGCUCCUGAUUUUUGCCAUGGCCGGUGCUCACUACCUGUUUGACGAAAUGUACAUCCUAUGUACAAUUGUACACAGAGCUUCAGCAAAGUCCCAUCCUUAUAAACACACCUGGGCAUGGCAAGCGGCUGGCGGGGGAGCGCGUCCCCAACAGCAGCACCUCACAUGCCACGGACGGUGUCCGCCACUCCGCCGGCGAGGCUGUGGCGCUCAUGCCGCACAAGUGGGGCAGCGGCAAGGAGCAUGCCGACGAUGUAAAACCUGUGCCAAUAUCUGCCCUAACGUCUUUCAAAUUGAGGAAGAUUUUGGGAGGUCAAGGGUCUACUCCCAGUCGGGUAGUACUGAACAAAUCCAGGAUGCCAUUGAUAGUUGUCCUGUCAACUGUAUCCACUGGACUUCUGCAGCACAACUGUCACUCCUUGAGAAUGAGAUGCGCGGAGUAGAGAGGGUGAAUGCAAGGGCUCGUUGGGAAAAGAGGCAAGCAAAAGUCUUGAAAAAAGUCAGAACACGGAUGGUGAACCAAGAGAAUUCAGACACAGGCAGGUCUUGGAGCGAUGUCUGGGGAUCCCCACCACGAGAUCAAAACAAUGGUAACUGAUUACAUCUACAGCAUACUCUGUUCACCCUCCAGCUGUGAUCAUUACUCUUGUGAUCAACUGCAAUUCGUCUGAUCUCAAGCCAGUGAAACAUGUGGUAUGAAUCUCUGAUUGCAUUUAUUUCUACUGCAGCAUCUCUCACCACUUUCGGUCCCUAGGAUGCUGUUUUGAGCAGGAAAUGGCAAGCCUGAAGACUGAAACCAAGCAGUCCUUAAUUCUGCUCAUUAUAUUGCCUAUCCGUUGACUCUACAUGGAGCCAGAUUAUCGAAUCAACAAUAUCCAAGAUUCUUUCGCUAACAGCUUGCUCGACAUAUGUAUGCAGAAGCUUCUACCUUCCUGUACAUACAGAUGAUUGCUGAGAAGGAUGAGAGGAGUUGCCUGAGCAGAUUACCCAUUCGAUCAUGAAAGUUCCACUUUGUAAGGUCGAUUUCACAUUUGAAUUUGAUGGGUGAUGGAUACAAGUAGAAUAUGCCAUAAAAACAGCAAUGAUCAAUCAUAUGUAGAUCAUGCUAUUUAUCUUAUUAAUUAUAUUGGACGUAUGUCACCAAGAUAUAUCUUCGACAUAUUUGUCAAGAUACAAGCAUUCAGGAGAUAUUUCUACAAUUGAAAUUAGUUUACAAAGCUUGAUUUGUCUCA